CCUCAGAUUCGAUAAUUCUUCGAAAGUUCACGGGCCGCGGGAUGAUCUUGUCCGAAAAGUUUCCAGCGAGCAUCUCGAGCGAUCACGUUUCCCAUCGGUGUUUUCGCGACGCCAGUAAUUUCAAUUACUCGUCCGCCUCCGCGGAGGCUCGGCGUCGUUGCGUCUACCAAUUAAACCGCGUCUUUCCCGCGAACACGAGGCAUUUCAUUUGACGCGCCGACUAUGCCCGCGAAUUUUACCGAGGAAUUUUUUAUCGCGUUUCCCAUCGACCGGAGAGAGUGAAUUCAACGAUAAAAUGCGCGCGACGAGAGUCUUCCUGGUGCAUCGAUGUAUUCUUCGUCUCGUUUCGAAUGCAGAAGAUUCGAUCGCGGGCCAACCCUGGUGAUCUAUGCUCGCGGAGGAAGAAGGACCGGUCCGUGAAUACGACGGGAUAUUUUCAUCGCAGUGGAUUAUUUAAGUCUGUCGACGAAAGGUGCUUCGUGUCAUUGUCACGGCCAUGCCUCGGUCGGAACACUUUUCCUCGAGGGACACCCUCGACACUGUUACGACCACGGAGGAACAACGACGCACCGGAAGAUACAUCGCUGGCGGAGCGUUGCUCGCGGUCACGUUGCUCGCUCUGCAUCAUGUCCUUUUGCGGGACACAUCGACCAUAACUGGCGUCUGCAUACCACUCAUAAUAAUGGUGUCCUACAUUGUCUGGAUUUUGUAUUCCGCCCACCGGGACAGGCGAAAGGCGUUGAGGUUCGCCACGGCGAUGCAACUAACGGAAGUGAUCAGCGUCCCAGCGACAUCCGACGACGCCAUCAACAAGAACGAUACGAGCUCCAACGAGCGUCGAAAGGCUCAGGAAUCCCGCGAGAAUCAUGCGUUCUCGUCCAAAGACGAGUGCUCGUGAAUGGUCGUCGUUCGUCCGGCGCGUUCUUCGACCCCCUGUUUUUAUUUCGAACAGCCCUCCAGAUCUCUUUUCCCUUUAGUAUCAUUUUUUACGCCGCGAUAUCGGUAAACACGCGUUCGUAAAGUCGCGUUGAAAUCGCUCGUUCGGGCUUCGACGAGGCGCGAGCGAUUUAUGGGAUAAAAUUAUUUGCUCGAUUGGUAUUCGCGGGAACGGUAUUAUUUGUUUAUACCCGGCGAUACGACGCGCGCGUAGUGCGAUUUUAUUCGCGCGAUACGCGUACACCACCGGUCGUUCGCGUGUUUUGCAAAUAAAUCUGUUUAACUCGGGGAUAAAUCGUAAAAUUCGAGGAACGCCGCGGUAUUUGGAAUUUAUUCCACGCGACCGCCAGAGUAAAUCAACGCUGGCCCGUUGUGCACCGUAGAUCUCUCGCGGGUACCAUCGAUCCCUCGAGAUCGCGAUCGUUCCGGGUCUUCGCGAGCACCUCUUAAAGAAAGGGAAUCGAUUUGAAUUCAUUAUCGCGCCAGGAACAGCGAUUCGUUUUCGUUAAACCGUAACGUAUACUCGGUGUUGCGUUCGUUAAAA